GUUUGGGUACGAACUAAAUAUCAUAUCAUGCUCACCCAAUCUGAGCUCCUUAAUUUUAUAUUUAGCCGAAAAGACAAGAAGAGCAAUACAUUGAGUUUUUAGUUGAGUUCGUUCCUUAGCUUGACAUGAUAUCAAAGCUUUGUUUACUAAAAGAUCACAGCUCCGAAAUACAAAGCUACCUAGAUAGAGGUAUCAAAGCCAAAACCCUAGAUCUAAGUCUCGUCUCUCGUUCGCCGAUUGUCCAAGUCUCCUCCGCCGUCGCCGUCACGGGAUCGGACAUCUCUGCUCCGGUUGAAGGUCUCCGUCCAAGUCACUGGCCUAAGUCGGCCAUCGUCGCCCGUUCCGGUUCUGAACGCGCGUCUCCGUCAUAGUCGCCGGCAAUCCUUGUUCGCCCGUCCCUUUUCCGGUCAUCUGUGAAGAAUCUCCAUCCCUGUUCGCCCACUGGAGUCGCCGUCCAGAUUCACCAGGCCGUCCAUCCUUCUCUGUUUCCGAUCGUCUGCGAUAAGGGUUCCGUCCGUCCAAUUGCCGCAGUAGCCUCACUGUAGCAGCUUAUUCAAAUUGCGCAGUAGUUUUUUUUUCUCCACAAGUGCUCAGUUUCCAGAUUUGUCCGUUCAUUAUUUUGCAAUUUGUCCAGCAGAUUGAAUUUGGUUGGUUUGAUAACAUCAACAUAAAAUUAACAGGAUGACUAGUAACUUGUGUGAUUGGUUGAUUGAUAGCGGUGCUUCUCAUCAUAUGACGGGUAUUUUGUCUCACAUGUUCAAUAUUGAGGAUGUUUUGUCUCAUCCUAUAUGUCUUCCCGAUGGCUCCCGGAUUCAGGCUACUAAAAAGGGAAGUGUCCG